AUUUCAUCAAACCGUCUGAAUCGGAUUUUCCCUUCAUUUUCUGCUUCCUUCCCUCUCUCUUUAAUUCCUUUCUUUGAACUUUUACACACUCUCUUGUCCAUUUCUAGGGUUCCUUUCUUCUUCUCUGUCACCUACCACCAUUCACCUAACCAUGGCAAAUUUCACUUCUGUCUCUUCAUCAUCAUCAUCAUCUUCUUCUUCUUCUUCUACAUCUCUGUCACACAUUCCACCCAUUUCAGCCCCUUUUUCUUCUUCUUCUUCUUCUUCUUCUGCAGCUUUUGAUGACUCUGUGGAGGACUCCUGCAGUAUAUGUCUUGAGCCCUUCAGCAUCCAUGACCCAUCAACUGUUACUUGUUGCAAACAUGAAUAUCAUUUGCAUUGCAUUCUUGAAUGGUCACAAAGAAGCAAAGAGUGCCCUAUAUGUUGGCAAUCGCUUGCUUUGAAAGACCCUGCCAGCCAAGAGCUUCUAGCCGCAGUGGAGGAUGAAAAACGCAUAAGAUCAAGAACAAUACAUUCAUCUUCAUUCACUAAUUCUCGUGUCCCCCUUGAGCGGCUUAGUGAUGACCAUGAUGAUUCUUGCUCAGACGACUCUGAUUUUGAUGAACAAAUUAUGCGCCGCCUAGUUGCUGCUGCAAGUAGAGCUCGUUUUGUUCAGAGACAAGAAAGGCAGAGAUCAACUGGAGCAGGUCCAUCAGAGGGUCUUGCCUUUAACUCUUCUGUGCAUGUGUCUGGGGUGCAGCCUACAUUUCCAACUUCACCAUCUGGGGGUAGUUCACUGGCUUCUAGUGCACCUUCUAUUUACAUUCAACCUCCUGAGCUUGAUGUCCCUUACAGACCCAGAGUUCUCUUUAGCCAGUCACCGCCUGAGAGUGAGAGGAGACCGAACACUUCUGAGAUGUUUUCCUUUCCCGAGUCCAUCAAAUCCAAAUUUUCUGCUGCUUCAGCCAGAUAUAAGGAAUCAAUUUCAAAAAGUACCCGUGGCCUUAAAGAGAAGUUACUUGCCCAUAAUGUCUCAGUAAAAGAGUUGAGUAAAGGUGUUCAGCGUGAGAUGAAUGCAGGCAUUGCUGGAGUUGCGCGAAUGAUUGAACGCCUUGAUCUUACCUCAAAAAGAUCCAGUUCUCCUGUCAUUCCUGUCUGUUCUGAGGGAACUUCAGGCAUCCCUGAAGAAGGGAGGUCUGUUGAAGGGAAUGACGUCAUGCAUUCUCCUAUUAAAGAGAGUGAAGGUGCAGUGCAGGAUACUAGUUCAGAUGUUCCCCCACUUGGUACUAACAUGCUAUCUGUUCAAAUGCAAGCUCCUCCAUGUGUUCAGAGUGGACAUGAUGCUAUGAAGACUUAGCUGGGGGUCAUCAAUUUUACUGUUGUGUGUCAAUUGUCCAAAAAGAGGUGCAAGAGACGCCUUUGAUAACCAAUGUACCUGUUGGUAUGCGUCCUGCAUUGUUAUCAAUGGUCAAUUACUUGUAAGAAUUCAAAAUAUGUACCAUCAAUUUAUAAAAGAUUAUUUAAUGCAUCUAUCUCUUAGUUUGAUGGAUUCUUAUUCUUACCCAUGUUUCUCGU